GCCUAUUCUCUUCCUCCGCAAGCUUAGGCAGUUCGAGUAGUUACAAGCGCCGCUGCUCAUCGUGAAUCGAAAGACAGGAUAGUAACGCCGUUCAUUAUCCUCCUGAGAUAUCCAGUUUCGUGAGAGUCAGAGACAUUGGAAAUGAAGUCGGCCUAUUUCUCCGUGAUGUUGUGUUUCCUCGCUCAGUGUUCGCGAGGAAUUCCGAAGUCAACGAACGGCUUCCAUCCUGUCAUCCCGUCUCCGAAUCGCCACCCCAUGGAUUUGAAUCGUCUCCAGAGGGUCGCUGGAGUCUGGGACUACCUAUGGCACAUAUGGAAAGGCGUAGAAGACGUCAUCACCAAUAGGAUACCACAUCCGUUCAAGUGUACCGAGUGCUUCAAAGGUUUAGGCUGCUUCGAUGCCUGUAACGGCACAUUCCACUAUGUGCAUUUGCUGCCAGAGACCCCGGAAGAGAUAAAUACGAAGUUCCGGCUCUACCCAUGGUACGAUAACUCAACUGUCAUCAUGCUGAACUACACUGACGUGAGCAGCCUGAACAAAACAAUUUUCGCCGACAAAAACCGAGAACUUCUCAUCGUGAAUCACGGUUUCGCAGCCGAUGCGAAUUCUGAUUGGAUGGUAGAUUUGAAAAACAUUGUAAUCAAACAACGGCAGUACAACGUGAUUUUGGUCGACUGGCUGAACGGUGCUGGACCCUACGAUUUCUUCUAUCCAUUAGCCGUGGUGAACACCGAGUUGGUGGGUCGUCAAAUCGCUGUUCUCCUCUAUCAAUUGAUGUCCACAUAUGCGCUGAAGCCUGCGACGAUUCACUACGUGGGUCAUUCCCUCGGUGCGCAAUGCGGCCACUUCUUCGCCGAGUACUUCAAAAAAAUCUCGGGAGGAAUGCGGAUUAAGCAAAUCACUGCUCUGGAUGCUGCUUCCCCGCUCUUCGAAGCUUAUAACGUAGGUCUGAACGAGAGCGACGCCAACCUCGUGGACGCUCUGCAUACGUCGGCGGGAGACUCCAUUCUCACCGGAAAGUUAGGAGUGGUGCGUCCGAUCGGCCACAUCGACUUCUAUCUCAACGGUGGAUCGUACCAGCCUGGAUGCUGGGAAGUCGAUCUCGUAUGCGCUCAUAUGAGAGUCCACGAAUACUACGUGGAGGCAGUGCGAAAUCAGAUGACCGGAGCGACAUGCAAGUUCGGCUCCCACUCUUGCGCGAACGGCAUCGGCGGCUAUAAGAACGGGACCUGUCUGCUCGCAAUCGGUAACUACAGUCGGAUCGCUUACGAUAUCGAUUCGAGGACUGGAGACGGCAUGCAAUACCUGGAAACGAAUUCGGCUUCUCCUUUCUGCAAAGGCUGAGACCCCCUCCCGUGUCUGUAUCUUUUCUGCUCGUUCAAAUCUGGACUUUUCCUCGAGCAACACGGCACUGCCGACUCCGCUGGAAAGCGGCUACUGAGCGGCUCCGAUCAGCUCGGCCUCCGGCCCUUCGAUCCCAUCUCUCAGAAGUACCGAGUACGAUAUUGUAAAUAAUAAUCGAA